GUGCUGUGGACACUUUUGCUUAUGCUCUUGGCGCCAUGGAGGCUGUGGGCAUUACAAAGCGAUGAGUGCGCCUGGCAGAUUACCUUGAAUAAAUUUGAGAGUUUAGGCCAGAACACUGCUGACAGGGACCGCUUCUUUCAUCAAGACCCCGUGGACACAGUGCAGCACGUGUUCAAAAGACUGGUGGACUCUCCAAUCGAACUGGACAAGAAAUACCUGGGUUUCCCUUAUUAUCUGAAGAUCAGCUUGUCUUGCUUGGGAAAUAACUCCAAGGCCAUGAUCCGUAAGGGCCACCUGACGGGGCUAAAGCCCGUAGUGCUAGUCACCUUCCAUUCUCCAGUCAACUUCUACCGAUGGAAGAUAGAGCAGCUGCAGAUACAGAUGGAAGCAGCUCCCUUCCGCAACAUAGAACCCUGCAGAGCAGAGGAGGUAUGUGGCAUGAGUUGGUACGCGCCCAUGCCUACCAAGAACGGCAGUGUGGUCAUGCACGUGGAUGUCAGCAGCAAUGGCCUGGGACUCCACAUUCAUAAGCAGAGGUUCUACAUGAAUAUCAACGGCUUCCUGAAGAUGAGUGAAGGCAAGACCCUCCAGUUUACUGUAGGGAAUGAGCUCUUCAAUAUGAAACCCCAGUACUUCGUGAAUGCCCCGUCACGGCCCCUAUGGUACACUGCAGAACAAUCACCUGUGCUCAUCCUGGGCGGCAUCCCCAAUGAGAAAUCCAUCCUGCUCUCUGAUACCAGCUUCAAGGAUUUCUCUUUUGUGGAGUUGAACAUUGACAGUUGCUGGGUGGGCUCCUUCUACUGCCCCCAGGACACCUUCACAGCCACCAUCUACGACACCAUCUCCAUGGAGAGCACCCUCUUCAUUCGGCAGAACCAGCUCAUCUACUAUAUUACAGGCACCUAUUCUAAACUCCAGGUGUACUCCAAAACUGGCACCUGGACUCGUGUUCUGGCCAACGAGUGCAUCAAGAAGCUGUGUCCCGUGGAAUUCCAUUCCAAUGGCUCCGAGUACAUUAUCGCCCUCACCACUGGCAAGAAUGAGGGUUAUGUCCACUUUGGGACCAUUACAGAUGGCCAAGUGUUUUUUGAGAUGCUGCCCAAGUGGAGGUCUGUGUGUGCAGACUUAAAAGUGCAGAACUGCUCCAUCAUAUGGGGCAUAUUCCAAGGGGAGGAAAGGAAGCUGUUGCUGCUAGUGGAGAUCGUAACCAACAAGACUUACUUGGUGGUCAGCUACAGCCUGGUAAAAGACAACGUGUGCGUCCUCUACACGCUCCCGGAAUACGUCCCUGAUGGUCGAGGACUGGAGUUCCUGAUGAUUCAAGGGGCAGAGUCUUACACCAACACCCCAUCGUUGCCCAAGGGCCUGCAUUACAAUCCGUACAACAACCUGCUGUUCAUCUGGGGGAACUUCAUUCUGCAGAGCUAUGAUCAUGAAAACUACCUCUACCUGGCGGACUUUACUAAGGAGUCCACCAUCAAGUACGUGACCAACUCAUUCCAGGGGGACCUAGCUAUUGUCACUGAGACUGAGGAGAUCUGGUACCUUCUGGAAGGCAGCUACCGGGUGUACAAGCUGUUCCCAUCUGAGGGCUGGGACACGUUCGUCAACCUGCAGAGGAUGUGGCAUUCACCUCUGUACACCUCCAAUGAGACCUUGGUCACCAUCUUUUACGAAAACAAAAAACUCUACCAGUUAGUGUACCUUCUGAAAGGCCAGCAGGGCCAGCUGGUCAAGAGGCUGGUGCCUGUGGAGCAGAUCCUGGUGUACCUACAGCUCAACAAUGGCUACUUCUUGGAGCAGCAAGGGAACCACUUGACGCCCACCUUUCACAAUUUAUGCCCUUUCUCGUUGAUGCGCCUGUACGAGGUGCCAGACCCGCAGAUGUACACGCGCCAGGAACGCUACCGGGCGCUGCCGCCGCGUGUCUUGGAGGCCUCAGGUUUCCACAACCAGCAGUCGCUUGCUGUCUACCAGGGCCUGGUCUACUACCUGCUCUGGCUGCACUCCAAGUACGACAAGCCAUACGCGGACCCCGUGCACGACCCCACCUGGCGCUGGUGGAAGAACAAGAAGCAAGACCAGAGUUACUAUUUCUACCUGGCAAGCAACCUGCAGAGCGCAGGUGGUGUGUACAUUGAGAUGGACAGCUAUGAGAAGAUCUACAACUUCAAGUCCAAGAACACGCUACCCAAGCGCAUCUUCUUAGACAAGGGCACCACCUACAAAUUCUCCAUCUUUCUCACCGCCCAGACACACUCCCAGAAGGCGCAGGCAGGCACUUCCUUCCUGAAGAACAAACUGAGCGUGGGUGUUCUGCUGGCCAACCCUGACUGCAUCGGGGUGACUGUGAGACAGAUUAUCCUUACUAGUCACAACUUCCUGUUCCAGGUUGUGCUCAGAGAUAAAAGCGUAUGCUUUGACCAGGGCAUCAGUGGACAUCACCUCAAGAGAACCUCAAUGCUGGUCAAGGUGGUGGGCUCCCCUGGGAACUGUUUCCAAAACACCCACCUGGGACCAAGCAUGCAAGGUAACCUGAUGGUACCAGUGCUUAUUGGCUGUCCCCCAGGGAAGCGGCUGGCCUUCGACAUCACCUUCACAGUGUCCUACAACCAAAACCAGACCAACUACUUCGACUGCGUGAAGGCCGAUCCCGAGAUGCCCUGCUUCCACUUCCGCAAUAUCUUCUAUCCCUUCUUCUUGAUCCAAGACCUGGUGACAGGAGAAUCCGGCAGUUUUCAGGGCAGCUACGUGCUGAAGGUGGUGGGCGGCGGGCGCACACGGGACACCAUCAAGGACUACACUGAGGAGGAAAUUCGCCGCUACAAUGACCCCCAGGACAAGUACUUCCUGUGGCUGUGUCUGGAGAACUCCCCAUGCUAUGAUACUGUUCCUGACAGUAUAUUCGCCCCUGAGUUCUUCUUCAAGGUGCUGGUGAGCAACAGAGGAGUAGACAAGAGCACCUACUGCGACUACCAGCUCAUCUUCCUACUACACAUCCAUGGACUCCCAUUCAGCGCCAAACGGUCUUUGUCCUACUUCCUGAGAUCCCUCACCCUGUUUGUGGAAUUCGUGACCCUCUACCUCGCCAUCUCCUUCUUAUGGCCCUUUACAAUGAAGAUCUGCAACUUGCUUCACUUGAAGAUUAACAACAUGAUUACCUCGGAAUCCUACUAUAGCUACAUCAGCUCGUCAGGCGUCUUUAGUGUACCGUCCAAUGACUCCACAAAGUUCCCCACCAAGCUCAAUGCUGAGAUGGCAGACCAGGGCAAGGAGAAACCUGAGGAAACCUAG